AGGUCAAGGUCAUUGUAACACUAAGUGUAAAAUCUUUGUCAAGAGCUAGACAUAGGUUUGUAAAAUGUUGGUCCGAGUCAACAUAAUCGACAGGGACUUUAGAUUCUUUCUUGUGAGGAAAGUAUUCAGCUGGCUUACAGAACGUUGGUAGUUCUAAUCAGGUGCCUGUUUGUGCCUAAGGUCUGUCUUCACCAGUAAAGUAUGAAAGUCGCCAUAUGACCUUUACUGUGUUGGUGCGAAAUACAAAAAAUCUUAUGACAGCAUAAAUUAGUAGUAGAUUCUAUAAUGCUUUAACAUGCAGAGCUCUUAUAAAUUGAUGUACAAUUAAUUUUCUCUAUAUUUUUCAGCCAGGGCUUAAAAGAAGAUGGUAGAACAUUCAAGUAUGCAAUGAUGUUAUUGAAGGAAUCUGAUUUGAAAAGCAUUUGGUGAGCUAUAAAGAAAUGGACUUAUCCAACCUUCCUCCACUCCAAGGGCAAAUUGCGAAUGCUCGGAGUUCUGUGGAAUUCCAUGACAUCGGUGCAGGAAUAUCUGGGUAUCUUUACGACAGGGACAAUCACCAGGAUGAUGAUCCGUGCCAGGUUAAAUCAUUCAAUGAGAAUGAUGGGGAAGAAGCUGUUAAAUGCCUGCGGAGAUGCUUUCAGGUAUUGGAACCAGGAUAUCACAUAGCAAGAAGAGGACCGGAUCAUGGAGGUUCUAGCUUCACUCACUGUCGGCACUCGACCCAGAUUGGACGGCGAUAUGUUAACCUACGUCAGACAUUAGAGGAACGAGCUCGCGUGGAACUCAUGAGAGACUGUUUGUAUCGGCUAAAAUUAUCAAUCACAUUUGUGCGUGAUUUACAGCAAUAAGUUAUGGAGGAGCAUAAAAUUUUAUAUAAAAUUACGCAUGAUUGUGUCGAUGAAUUUCCCGUUAGUAAAAUUUUCUGCCUUAAUGCUUUAUGUGAAGAUUUACGAACUUUAAUAGGUCAUUGGAAAUGUAUAAAACAAAAACUGCACACAAAUCGGUGGCUGCAACCGGUUCUCGGUUCAUUACAUUUUCAGCUCGACCGUAUAAAAUUAUCAUUGAUACAUUUACAAAACAAAGCUAUAUGGUGGCUCGAAAAGUUUGUUCAGAUAGGUUUACAAGUUUUUGCUCACGGAAAUGUGGACGCCUUAACGCAUGAAAUGAUAUGGAAUAUAACACGUGGUCUUGAAGAUCUGAACCGAAUUAUAAAUGGAUUACAACAUGACAAUCAUUCAUCUACCUCUAAAAUAGGCCUAAAAUCUUUUUGUACUCAACAUAUAAGUGCUUUAAGUCCAGAUUCUACAAACUCUGUAGCGAAUAUCGGAGAACACGUUAAAGCUAUUCCGUUUUCGAGGGUGCUAAGUAUAAUUGCCAAUGAGAGGUCAAGAUAUGCAGCUCUGGAAACACACCGAUUUUUUACGACAAAUCACGAAUUUGUGAAACUUCUUUAUUCAGGAAAAUUACCAAACUUUGUAUGGACAGAGGAAUCUAGUCACGUUAAUGAACGAGCUGAUAAAGACACCUCAGAUUAUCAUACUGCCACCGGUAGCAUGACAUCUCUUAGUGCAGCUAUACUAAAGGUCGGCAGUUUACGCGCACCUGAUUUGUCCGACUCAGAAUCUCCUUUAGUGGAACUAGCUCGACGAGAACACUCCUUUGCUGAAAACUUUCUUCUAAUUGUGUGCAAUUCGACGAACCUUUUGCGGAGAAAUGACCAUCAGAAAUCGAGGCGAGCUGUCAAGUACAGUCAGAGCAUGAUGAAUUCGGGUAAACCUCCGCGUGGUGAUACACCAGUGCUUUCUAGAAGUGAUUCUUUGAGGAAAUCAGUCUCCUGGGGUGAUUCUGCGGACAGCUCAAUAAAGUCGCAGCUGACGUCAAGGUACAUGGAUUCAUAUUGGAACCAUUUUGGAACCAGUUUAUACAUGAUGUUUUAUGAACCAUGUUGGGUACGGCAGAAGUCGCUGUAUUUCUCCGAGAUUGGUAGUGUUUUAAUGCUCAAUACCACAGUGAUAGCCCUUGUCAAACAUAUGAUUCAACAUGUCUGCCUCAAAGUAUCACCACCUUUAGACAAGGAUUCAACUAGCCAAUCAGGACCCCCAAAUAUGUUGCGUCACCCCAUUGACCCAAAGUAUCCCGACAUAGGUGUUCCAAUAAUCCUACCUGAUCCUUUCCCAGAUUUGUUCCCACCUGGUAGUGUCGUACCAAUGUUAAAUGCAGCUAGAAAAUGUCUCCAUACUUCAGCCUUUGGAGCCUGGGAUACAAUGAUGUGUGAAGCACUAGCCUCUAAUCGACGUGACAAAUGUUACCCCUGCCCUCUAGUGGACGGAGAUUACAGUACGAGAACCGGAAUGCUAUUACGAGAUACUUUCCAACCGGUGCUCAACCUGCUCAGAGAAAACCUUGGUGAAAACACCGAUCCGGCCCCAGGGGGUUUACCAGCAUCUGUAAAUGAGAUGGUUGCCGUGGCAUCAAGACUGGUGGCGACAUCUAGUGUUUCGUUGCUAUGGUGUCGUAAUAAAACACAUCAAUAUCUGGCAUCAAUGGCCAUUGGCAACUUCCUGCUCAUUUCGCAAACUGACUUAAAGAUUUUGAUUGACGAGUCCCGAUCUGCUCUAUACCAAACUCAGAUGGUCUCCAAGUCCCUGUCAUCAAAAGUAGGUCACGAUUCGGUCAUAGGAUUAGGUCAGAUCGCAAACCAGCUCAGUACAAUAAUGGACAGUCUACAGGGACUGUCUAGCCUUAGUAUGAAACAAUUCUCAAGAAAUUGUACGAGUUCUGCGAUGGAAUAUUUCAAAGGCAAUAUGCCAGUUGGAAAAGUGUGGAGGAAAAAACCAGAAGCAGGGAAAUUUUCAAAGUAA